AUCCAUUAAGCACUUUCGGUUGAAAGUGUGUAUCAAACAAUCAUACGAAAUUGUGUGGUAAUCUUCAUUAAUUCCUUAGCCAUUCGCCUAUAAUUAAAUUACAAGCUUGUAAUGUGGCAGUAUAUUACAUAUAUGGAAAAAACCGGCCUUAAAUACCCUAUGUAAGUUAUUGUAAUUUACACGGUAUGUUACCUACCAUACCGAACACUGCUGUCUUCACCAGUCUUCAACUCUUCACCUUCCACAGACUUUUCACUUUUCAGUCAUUCAGUGACUAGUGAGUACAUAAAUACGGAGUACGGCGUAUGUACCGCAUCUUACACCGUACCCAUGUUACCAAUAAUACAUUAACUAUAACGUUUUACUCCAAAAAACAAUAUUAAUAUUAUAGAAAUCAAUCAUGUAUGACACUGAAGAACAUGAAUAUGAUGAUGAAGAAGAGGGCGAAAUUUCAGCAAAAUUAUGGCAAGAAGCAUGUUGGAUUGUUAUAAAUGCAUAUUUUGAUGAAAAAGGUCUUGUACGUCAACAACUUGAUAGUUUUGAUGAAUUUAUUGAAAUGUCCAUUCAACGUAUUGUUGAAGAUUCACCGCAAAUUGAUUUACAAGCAGAGGCACAACAUAAAUCUGGUGAAAUUGAAAAUCCAGUGAGACAUACUGUUAAAUUUGAACAAAUUUACUUAUCAAAACCAACACAUUGGGAAAAAGAUGGUGCACCGUCACCAAUGAUGCCAAAUGAGGCACGUUUACGAAAUUUAACAUAUUCAGCACCUCUUUAUGUUGAUAUUAUUAAAACAGUUAUAAGAAAUGAUGAAGAAUCAAACGAGACACAACAUAAUAAAACAUUUAUUGGUAAAAUUCCAAUAAUGUUGAGAUCCAAAUAUUGUUUACUUCAUGGUUUAAUCGAUCGUGAUUUAACUGAGCUAAAUGAAUGUCCAUUGGAUCCAGGUGGUUAUUUUAUAAUCAAUGGAUCUGAAAAAGUACUUAUUGCACAAGAAAAAAUGGCAACAAAUACUGUUUAUGUGUUUGGUAUGAAAGAUGGUAAAUUUGCAUUUAAAGCUGAAAUACGUUCAUGUUUAGAGCACAGUUCACGUCCAACAUCAACAUUAUGGAUAAAUAUGAUGGCUAAAACUGGUGCAAAUAUUAAAAAAUCAGCAAUUGGACAACGUAUUGUUGCUAUUCUUCCAUAUAUUAAACAAGAAAUUCCAAUAAUGAUUGUAUUUCGUGCACUUGGUUUUGUUGCUGAUCGUGAUAUACUUGAGCAUAUAAUAUAUGAUUUUGAUGAUUCAGAAAUGAUGGAAAUGAUAAAACCAUCAUUGGAUGAAGCAUUUGUUGUACAAGAACAAAAUGUUGCAUUAAAUUUUAUUGGUACACGUGGUGCUAAACCAGGUGUUACUAAAGAAAAACGUAUUAAAUAUGCACGUGAAAUAUUACAAAAAGAAAUGUUACCACAUGUUGGAAUAAGUGAUUUUUGUGAAACUAAAAAAGCAUAUUUUCUCGGUUAUAUGGUACAUCGUGUAUUAUCAGCAGCACUUGGUAGACGUGAACUUGAUGAUCGUGAUCAUUAUGGUAAUAAACGUCUUGAUUUAGCUGGACCAUUAUUAGCAUUUUUAUUUCGGGGUUUAUUUCGUAAUUUAACAAAACAAGUACGUAUGUAUGCACAAAAAUUUAUUGAUCGUGGAAAAGAUUUUAAGCUUGAAAUAGCAGUAAAUACAAAAAUAAUAACUGAUGGUUUACGUUAUUCAUUGGCAACUGGUAAUUGGGGUGAUCAAAAAAAAGCUCAUCAAGCACGUGCUGGUGUGUCACAAGUAUUAAAUCGUUUAACAUUUGCAUCAACAUUAUCACAUUUACGACGUGUUAAUUCACCAAUUGGACGUGAUGGUAAGCUAGCUAAACCACGUCAAUUACAUAAUACAUUAUGGGGAAUGCUAUGUCCAGCUGAAACACCAGAAGGUGCUGCUGUUGGUUUAGUUAAAAAUUUAGCACUAAUGGCAUAUAUUAGUGUUGGUUCACAGCCAUCGCCUAUACUUGAGUUUUUAGAAGAAUGGUCUAUGGAAAAUCUUGAAGAAAUUGCACCAAGUGCAAUUGCUGAUUCAACAAAAAUAUUUGUUAAUGGUUGUUGGGUUGGUAUACAUCGUGAUCCAGAUCAAUUAAUGGCAACAUUACGUAAGCUACGUCGUCAAAUGGAUAUUAUUGUGUCUGAAGUAUCAAUGAUACGUGAUAUACGUGAUCGUGAAAUACGAAUAUAUACUGAUGCUGGUAGAAUAAGUAGACCAUUAUUAAUUGUUGAAAAUCAACAAUUAUUAUUAAAAAAACGCCAUAUUGAUUUGCUAAAAGAACGUAAUUAUAAUAAUGAUGGAUGGCAAGAAUUAGUUGGUAGUGGUGUUGUUGAAUAUAUUGAUACAAUGGAAGAAGAAACAGCAAUGAUUGCAAUGAAUCCAGAAGAUCUUGGUUAUAAAAAAGAUGCAUACUGUACAACAUAUACACAUUGUGAAAUUCAUCCAGCAAUGAUAUUAGGUGUAUGUGCAUCAAUUAUACCAUUUCCAGAUCAUAAUCAAAGUCCAAGAAAUACAUAUCAAAGUGCUAUGGGUAAACAAGCUAUGGGUAUGUAUGCAACAAAUGUACAUACACGUAUGGAUACACUUGCUCAUUCAUUAUAUUAUCCACAAAAACCACUUGUUACAACACGUUCAAUGGAAUAUUUAAGAUUUCGUGAGCUACCAGCUGGUAUUAAUAGUAUUGUUGCUAUAUUAUGUUAUACUGGUUAUAAUCAAGAAGACAGUGUCAUCCUCAAUGCAAGUGCUGUUGAACGUGGUUUUUUCCGUUCAGUAUUUUAUCGUUCAUAUAAAGAUGCUGAAUCAAAAGUAAAUGGUGAUCAAGAAGAACAAUUUGAAGUACCAACAAGACAAACAUGUCAAGGUAUGCGUAAUGCAAUGUAUGGUAAAUUAGAUGAUGAUGGUAUUAUUGCACCUGGUUUACGUGUAUCUGGUGAUGAUGUUGUUAUUGGUAAAACAAUUAUGUUACCAGAAACAGAUGAUGAGCUUGAUUCAACAACAAAACGUUAUAUAAAACGUGAUGCAUCAACAUUUUUACGUAAUAGUGAAUCUGGUAUUAUUGAUCAAGUUAUGUUGACAUUAAAUAGUGAGGGUUAUAAAUUUUGUAAAAUACGUGUUAGGAGUGUUAGAAUACCACAAAUUGGUGAUAAAUUUGCAUCACGUCAUGGACAAAAAGGUACAUGUGGUAUACAAUAUAGACAAGAAGAUAUGCCAUUUACAUGUGAAGGUUUAACACCAGAUAUUAUUAUAAAUCCACAUGCUAUUCCAUCACGUAUGACAAUUGGUCAUUUAAUUGAAUGUAUACAGGGUAAAGUAUGCGCAAAUAAAGGUGAAAUUGGUGAUGCAACACCAUUUAAUGAUGCUGUUAAUGUACAAAAAAUAUCAACUUUAUUACAAGAAUAUGGUUAUCAAUUAAGAGGAAAUGAAGUUAUGUUUAAUGGACAUACUGGAAGAAAAAUAAAUGCACAAGUAUUUUUAGGACCAACAUAUUAUCAACGUUUAAAACAUAUGGUUGAUGAUAAAAUUCAUAGUAGAGCUAGAGGACCUGUACAAAUACUUGUUAGACAACCAAUGGAAGGUCGUGCUAGAGAUGGUGGUUUACGUUUUGGUGAAAUGGAACGUGAUUGUCAAAUAUCACAUGGUGCUGCUCAAUUUUUAAGAGAAAGAUUAUUUGAUGUUUCUGAUCCAUAUCGUAUACAUGUUUGUAAUUUUUGUGGUCUCAUUGCUAUUGCUAAUUUACGUAAUAAUACAUUUGAAUGUAAAGGAUGUAAAAAUAAGACACAAAUAUCACAAGUUAAACUUCCAUAUGCUGCUAAGCUAUUAUUCCAAGAACUUAUGGCUAUGAAUAUAGCACCAAGACUCAUGACUGUUUCGUAAAUUCAAUUGAAUUAAUAUUUAUUUUAAUUAUACCUACUGUAUAUAUGAAUUUCCCUUUUAUCAAUAAUUUCAAACAAAAUAAAUUGAUAUUUUUAUAAUAUGAUAAUGAAUUAUUUUUUUAUUUUUUAACAAUAAAUAAAAACUAUCAAUUAUCACAUUAUUUCAAAACCAUAAUUUAAUGAUAUUAAUUCUUCACCAGGUUUAUUGUAAUUUUUGAAAUUCUCAAUUUUCCAUUUCCAUGUACCACUGUGUUUAUUGGUUUCAAUUUGAUUUAGUAUCAUUUUUAUUAUUAUUAAAAGAAAAAAAAAAAUUAUUUCAAUUUUAAAAAUGAAGACAAAUUGUUUAUAUUACUGUUAUUUCAAUGUUUCGAUUGACACUGACUAACUGAUUUAUUAAUUUUUAAAAUUUAUAGAAAAGAGAAUGGAUUGGUCGAGGUAUAAUCACCUAUUUUUGUUUUUCGAUAUUUGUUUUUAUAACUUUUCUAAAAAUAUUUUUAAACUUUUAAUUAAUCUGACCUGAAUGGCUUAAAAUAUAUUGAUGAUAAAGUAAAAAAAGUUGAAAUAAACUAUAAAUAUCAAUGAUAAACAUAUACAAACAAAUAUAUACAACAAAUAUUUAUAUUUAAAUUUAUUUCAUAAUUAGUAACUAUUUAUGUCAAUAUUUCGAUUGAUAUCAGGCUAAUGAUCUUUUUUAUAAAAAUAGAAAUAAAUGCGUCAAUUUUAAUAGCAGGCAUUUUAUCUGACGAAUUUUCAAUAAUGUAUUUCAACACUAUUAAUAAAAAAUAUUAAAAU